AGAAUAUUAUUGAGGAAGACUUAUUUUCAUCUGAAAAUACCUUUGACAUUGAAAUAUUGCAAGUUAGAUACUUUUGACAUGGGAAUUUUGCGCUUAAACAGAGAUCAAUAGACUCACAAUACAUUGAAAGUAUUCGCGGAGUUGCAAUCAACCAAGGCGAUGCUCUCAAGUUUGGACACCUGAUCGGCUGUGUCCUCGCGCCGAUAAAACCAAAUGGGCGAGCCGAAACCCGCCGUCUCUCCGCAGCCUAACGGCGGAGUGAAGCAAAAACCGACGAGUCUAAAUCUCGCGCCGGGUCCCGGCUUCUAUCGCAAUGUGAACGGACGCGCGAGUCUGAAUGAUCGUCAUCUACAGCACGUCACCGCUCUCAUCGGCGGUGGACGCACCGCACACGUCAACAAAUCCGCCUCGCCAAAUCCUGCCGUCGCAAUCAACAACUCCGAGCCCGGUGGCGGCGGCGGUUCAACAACUACCGUCCAACUACCAGCGUUACCAACAGUACCAUCAUUAUCAGCAAUACCCUCAGCGUGGUCGUUGUCUGCAGAACUUGAAAAUCUGUUGGAACCCCCGCCCCCACCGGCCCCAACACACCCCUCCCCCUCAAAUCGAGCAAGCUCUGUCAACGAACAUCAGCAACACCAGAACGAACAGCAGCAUAACAAUCUGCGAUCGUCCCCGAUCAAUCAGCUGCCCACCCGUAGCCCGAGUCACAAUGGUCACGGAUUCCCCCUCUACACACCACCUGCCCCGAUACCAGCAUCCGGCGCAAAUAAAAUUCGCUCUACACCCAACGGGUUAUCACACCCAACAGCACCGAGGCGUCCUCAUAGUAUUGCCGCUCCACCAUUCCACGGUGUCCAACAUCCCCUUGGUCAGCUCGGUGGUAGAGCAGCCGCAGCGACACCAUUAUCAUCAGCAGCACCAGCACCAGGAGCAACAGCACCGGCAGCGUGGGGCUCAGGUGUUACACCAAAUGCAACCGCAUGCGGUGUACCAGGAGUGGUACAACGGCGUGCCCAUUCGGUCGCCGGUACUCCAGUAUCUCUACCCACCAGCAACAACAAUGGCAUCAAUGGCGGCAUCAACGGUCAACAGGAACCAAGGAGUAACGGUACAUCAGCCGGCAGCGUCAGUGGCGGCGGCGGCGGCGGCGGCGUCGUCGUGGUAUCCGCAACUCGCAGCGCUGUACCACCCCAAUCUUUAUGGAACGGCCAACAACCCUUACCUAGGCGGCCUCACAGCAUCGCCUCGACACCCGUUACAGCUGCAACAGGCUUGCCUCCAGCUACAACAACAACACCAACAAGCGUAUCCGCGUCCGCUCGCACACCAGGGGAGCCUAUACAAUGGGGUGCCUCCGGGAUGGUUCUACAUCAACCCAUACCUCGUAGAGCGUACGCCUCGACCAUGCCACAUCCUCAACCACCCACGCCCACGUCACAAGGGCCCUGUCUGAGUAUACUGACUAACCCUGGAAAUUCCAACACCUGGACUUUAGGCGCCGCCCUUCGACCUCCCAGACCUCAUAGUAUCGCUACGACGCCACAAGGAGUUCCCAUGCCACCUGCUUCCCCCUCGGAUUCUGGAUACCGGUCAUUACCUUCAGCCGCUAGCGAUUAUCAGAUACUUAAAUCGCCGUCGAAAUCUCAACAACAGAGCCAACAGCAACAACAGCAGCAACAACAACAACAACAACAACAAAAUCAGAGUGCCGUGCGACGAUUAUCUCUGCCAUCUGCUCAAACAUUGCUUCGCACAUCCGCUCCGCGACCUAGCCCCACAUUUCACGGACUUCCCUUCCGUCCGUUCACGUGCGGUGUUUCCCCGAAUGGUAAUCCAAUCUUCCUCGGCUGCACUCAUCUUCACAAUAGCAACUCCAGCAGUGGAAGUACUGGUACGAGAACUUCCACGCCGGCAACGAGUCCGGCGACGCCGCUCACUACGUCGCAGGCGAUACAGCAGCUAUUGGCGCAGCCGAGGAACGGUUUCAAGAUCAUGGAUGAUAAGGUGUCGUUGUUCAUAGAGAUUCUUGACACGCAGGAAAGAUUUGCUAAGGAUCUGCAGUCGGAAAUUGAAACGCACCGAGACGGUUACGCAUCUUUGAACGGCACCGGACGAAAAUUAUUGAGCUCACUAGCAAGUCAAGAUGACGCUGUUAUGCUGCAACGUCGAUUGGAUGAAAUGAACCAGAGAUGGCAUCAUUUGAAGGCAAAGAGCAUGGCAAUAAGAAAUCGAUUGGAGAGCAACACAGAACAUUGGAAUGCUUUACUGCUAUCAUUGCGCGAACUUAUCGAAUGGGUGAUAAGGAAAGACACAGAGCUCACUGGCCUGGGACCCGUUUGCGGCGAUGUGGCUGCACUACAAAAACAACAGGACGACCAUCGUGGCUUUAGGAGGCAGCUGGAGGACAAACGGCCGGUCGUGGAGAACAAUUUGCUGAGCGGCCGCCAGUACAUCGCCAAUGAGCCUCCGCUGUCGGACACAUCGGACUCCGAAGCAGGCAGAGAAUUGGACGGUGAUUCCAGAGGCUACAGAAGCGCCGAGGAGCAGGCGCGCGAAUUGACGCGGAGCAUUCGUCGCGAAGUGAAUAAACUUUCCGAGCAGUGGAACGCUUUAAUCGAACGUAGCGAUGCGUGGAAGCGGAAACUCGACGACACCGCUAACAAAAUAUGUGUCUUCCAAAAGUCCCUCGAGGAUCUCUCCUCGCGGAUGGCCGCGGCCGAGGCGAUCCAGAGCGGCUGGCAGAAUCCAAACGACGCCAACGAAGCGACGGAGAUGCUCGAGCAGUUGCAAAAAUUCGGCGAACGACUGGUACCAAUCCAAAGGAACAUCGAAGAUGCGAACGACCAGGCAAGCGUCUUCGCAUCUAGCAGUGUCAUCGUUUCUCAUGCUUUAUUGGCGAAACUCGAAGAUCUGAACACCAGGUGGAAGGUGCUGCAAGUCGCGGUUGACGAGCGUUACAAGUUGCUAAGCGGAUUCGGGAAGGAUGGCAGCACUCCGGGUAGUCAGGCUUUCCUCGCGAGCAGCGUAGAACCACCAUGGGAGAGAGCCCUCACACCCGCCAAAGUGCCUUACUAUAUCAACCAUCAAUUGGAGACUACGCAUUGGGAUCACCCGAAAAUGAUAGAACUGAUGUCUUCACUCGCAGACUUAAAUGAAGUUCGCUUUUCCGCAUAUCGAACCGCUAUGAAAUUGCGUACCGUUCAGAAGCGACUGUGUCUGGACAUGUUGAGCCUUUCCACCGCAUUAGAACAAUUCGAUUCACACGGACUUCGGGCACAGAAUGAUAAACUGAUCGACAUCCCCGAUAUGGUAACAGUACUGACAUCGCUAUACGAAGUAAUAGCAGCAGACAAUCCAGCGCAGGUGUCCGUACCGCUAUGCAUUGACCUAGCCAUUAACUGGCUGCUCAAUGUAUACGAUAGGUAUUCUAAUCAACGAACCGGCCAAAUUCGAGUACUUUCAUUCAAAGUCGGUUUGGUUUUAUUAUGCAAGGGACACUUAGAGGAAAAGUACAGAUAUCUAUUCCGUUUGAUUGCGGAUCCCAAUAGAUUGGUAGAUCAACGAAAAUUGGGUCUUCUAUUGCACGAUUGCAUACAAGUGCCGAGACAAUUGGGUGAAGUUGCAGCAUUCGGUGGCUCGAAUAUUGAGCCUAGUGUUCGUAGUUGCUUCGAGAAGGCGGGAAAAGAUAAGAACGAAAUUGAAGCUGUGCACUUUUUAAGUUGGCUGCAACAGGAACCACAGAGUAUGGUCUGGCUGCCGGUAUUGCAUAGACUAUCUGCAGCGGAGACUGCUAAACACCAAGCCAAAUGCAAUAUAUGCAAGGAAUAUCCUAUUAUAGGAUUCAGAUACCGUUGCUUGAAAUGCUUCAACUUUGACAUGUGUCAGAACUGUUUCUUCUCAGGACGCAAAGCAAAGAAUCAUAAACUAACGCAUCCGAUGCAAGAAUAUUGCACGGCGACAACCUCCGGUGAAGAUGUACGGGACUUCACGCGAGCGUUGCGCAACAAAUUUAAGUCUAAACGAUACUUCAAAAAACAUCCCAGAGUUGGCUAUUUGCCUGUGCAAACUGUCCUGGAAGGAGAUGCGUUGGAGAGCCCGGCGCCAUCGCCCCAACACAGCUCACUCAGUCAAGACAUGCACUCCCGUUUAGAAAUGUACGCCUCUCGACUCGCCGAAGUCGAGUUGUCGCGUACAAGAAGUAACUCCACGCCGGACAGCGACGAUGAACAUCAACUGAUAGCACAUUACUGUCAGAGUUUGAACGGUGGCGACAAUAUUAAUGUACCCAGAAGUCCAGUCCAAGUCAUGGCCGCGAUAGACGCCGAGCAGAGGGAAGAACUUGAAGCAAUGAUACGUGAAUUGGAAGAGGAGAAUGCGACAUUGCAAGCAGAGUACGAAAGAUUACGCUCGAAGCAAACUCCUGGUUCAACGCCAGAAGAUGGUCACAGUACUAGACAGCCUGAUUGCGAUAUGAUUGCAGAAGCUAAGCUGCUAAGGCAGCAUAAGGGAAGAUUAGAAGCACGCAUGCAAUUACUCGAGGACCACAAUCGCCAAUUGGAGGCGCAACUGCAGAGACUUAGACAGCUUCUAGAUGAGCCAAACGCUUCUUCACCAUCGAAAACCGGAACUUUACAAACCCGAAGUGUAACGGCAUCACAAUUAGCAACUGACUCUCCAGCAAAAAUGAAUGGCCAUUAUCAUGAUUCUCCAGGUGGAGGAAGCUCAAACGAGGGUAGAGUCAGCAGUUUAGAGAGGCCACCGCCACCGCCGCAUUCUCACAGCGUUACCCACAAUGUGGGUAAUUUGUUGCACAUGGCAGGAGACUUAGGAAAAGCUGUGGGUGAAUUGGUAACAGUCAUGACGGAGGACGCGUCGAAGACGAACGGUCAACGGGCGCCGCCGCCGGCUUUUAAAUAACAAUUGUAUCGCGACGUUUGCCCCGGCCAGAAGCUAUAAGUCGGCUAGAUCGACGCUAAAUCCAUUCAACACGUUGCAAACGUUUAAUCGUAAUUAUCGACCAAUAACAAGUCUGGCUCUAAACGCAUAUCAGAGACGAAUACAUGGUAUAUCUGCCGCGCAAAUGCAGGGUCAGGGGACUCGCCUCUCAUGGUGGUUUUGGGUAUUUUAUAAGUUUUGAUAUACGUCGUUGUAUAGCUGAAUUAUAUCGAUAAGAUGAUUAUGGUUUGGCUUUUGGUGGUCCCCUGAGAGUAACUUUACUACAUAUUGACACGUCAUAUCAUGAAAACUAAUCAUAAUGAAAAAUCAAUUGUUAUGCUUGCUAGCUAAACUAUACAAACGAAUAAGAGAUAUAAUGAGUAUAUAUAAAAAAUACACGGAAGAAAAUAUCAUUAACAAUGCAUGCAAAAGCAAUGUAUCAAAUCACAUAAUCUAUCAUAGAACGUAGCUUAUAUUUACAUACCCAUUCUGUUCACUGCCACGGGCUCUUCCUCGACGUAACUUACACAAUGUACAUGUUGCGAUUCUAGAUGAUGACACAUAAUGGAAAAUAGACAGUAUCCAUACCCGAUCUUCUUGUAUUCAGCGCUCUUGAAUUUUACAAAUCGAUAAUCACGAGACAAAGAGAAUCUUUUAUAAUAAAACAAAGCGACAAGCA